UCCCAGGUGUUUUCUCAAUGUUUUCUACUUCUACAUAACCUAAAAUUGUAUUAUUAUCAUAAAAAUGUACUAAAUGAUGAUUAUUUUGAUGUUAGUUGUUAAAAGUGUUUAAACGGAUAAUUGAUAAUUCCCGAACAAUUAUUAUACACUUUAAAAAUGCCUAUCUACGAAGGAAUUGGAGCAAUCACAGACAAAUUAGUUGUCGUAAUGGACAUUGGGGCAGCUUACACAAAGUUGGGAUUCAGUGGAGAGUUUUCCCCACGGUAUAUAAUUCGCUCCGAGGUUCGAUGCAAAGAAACUGGUUUGAUGCGUAACAUUCGUGAUUAUAAAGAUGAUCAAGACCUUUACGAUUUAUUAGUGGAUUUCUUACAUAGUUUGUACUUUAAGUAUGUGUUGAUAAGUCCGAAAGAUCGGCCUGUAGUUGUGGUGGAAUCGUUGUUAUGUCCUACAAUAUUCCGCGAGACCUUGGCAAAGGUUUUAUUUUGCCACUACGAGGUCUCGAUGAUACUUGUUGUUCCGUCUCAUUUGGUUUGUUUGGCGAGUUUGGGUAUAGAUACUGCGCUAGUUUUGGAUGUGGGAUUUUCGGAAGCUGUAGCAAUACCCGUUUGUCACGGUUUGCCGGUGAUCCACGCUUGGCAAGCCUUGCCUUUGGCGUCUCAGGCAGUUCAUAUAAACCUAAAAUCCAUGCUAACUGCCAAUAAUACCGGUAUUAGCAGCUUGUCAGAAUGGGAAUUGGAGGAUAUAAAAGUCCGGUGCUGUUUUGUAACUCCAAAGGACCGUGCAAUGGAACUUUCGAAAACAACGCCAUCUCUAACUGCAUGUCCCGAUGUAACCUAUCCUCUACAAGGCUCAAAAUCAAUUACGGUUCUGGGAAAAGUACGGGAGACAGUUUAUGAAACAUUUUUUCAAGAAGACAAUGAUCAUCAAUGCGUAUCCACCAUGCUUUUAGAUGCUAUCCUCAAAGUAAAUUUAGAUUUGCGUCUGCAAUUAGCCGAGAAUAUAGUGAUAAUGGGAGGGACUGCUAUGGCUCCCGGAUUAAAAUCACGGCUAAAGGAAGAAUUAUAUGAACAGUUGAAAAAAGACAGAUACAGUAAAUUGAAAAUUAAAGUUUUCAAGUUCCACUCGCCCCCUUGCAAGGAUAAUUACACAUCAUGGCUGGGAGGUGCGAUUUAUGGCUGUACAGAACUGUUGGGUAUGAAAGGGCUGACUCGUGAAAACUAUCUAAAAGAAAAUCGACUUCCCGAUUGGGCAAACAUGCGCGAUAAUUUAAGAACUUUAUAAAGUUGUUCUAAAGAUUUAAUAAUUGUACCCUUUAUAUUAAUAAAACAAAAUACAUAAGUAAUUAGCACGGUU